GUUAGCUCGGCUUCGCUAACCUCUGUGAGUUAGCCUUAGCCCCCGUUACCCAGGGCGCAGUCAAACUGCGGCGUUAUUGCCCUUUGUCUGUAAAUUGAACUUGCGCACGUUGUUCACACGUCGGCCGCUCGUUGCGCGACUACGCCAGCGACGCUGGGAGUGUUUCUUUAUGUUUGUGUCAACGUUGUAUCCGUCAAAAAGCAUUCAUUAGCUAGCCAGCUAACUUGAUUCUCCCGCGAGCCAGCAAAGACUUCAAAACUUCGCCAACACAGAGAUCCCAACGCCAAGAAAGGAUCAUCAUCCUCAUCUCAGCUCCUCCUCGGAUGUGAACUGAAUAAACAUCUGCAGCGUUCAUCCUUCUGAGUAGAGGAUCGGCCUGGUUGUUGGGAACACUUGGACAUUGAGUCAGUUUAACUGGCAGUCUGUGUGCUUCUAACCCACCAGCAUGUUCAUCCAACAGUCAAUACCCUAGCCAAACCUGAGCCUGGCUUCCCAAAGAUGACAAGCCGCUGGCAGGCUGCAUCUACAGAAUGAUGGGAGGAAGUGACACUGGCAGUGGGGACAAGACUGGGGUGGUCACCGCUGCCAUACACGUCCCCAUCGGCUGGCAAAGGAGAGUGCAUUGCGGCCAGGUGGCGUAUGUCAGUCCCAGUGGUACUUCUCUAUCCUCCCUGGAUGAGGUGAAGACCUAUCUGUUGACUGAUGGCACCUGUAAAUGUGGUCUGGAGUGUCCGCUUGUCAUCAACAAGGUUUUCAACUUUACUUUAGGGGUAAAGGUAGAGCAGCACAAGCAGCCUAUCGGCAAAGCGGAGCAGGACAUGACCAAACUGUGCAACCAUCGGAGGAAAGUGGUGGCGAUGGCUGCUCUGUGUCGCAGUAUGCAGGCGUCACAGAUGCCCUUUGCUAACCUUCAUCACCCUGAAGUGAGCAAGGGAAUGGGCAAUUGCAACCCAAAGAGGGCUCCUGUUGAGCGGGAAGAAGAGGACAGAGGCAUUUACCACCCCAAAUUUCAUCCGGCUCCUGCACAACCUCAGAAUAAUGCACACCCUAAUACCUGUGCCAGCCCCAGUUCCUCUCACAAGUUUAUUUAUCCUUAUAAUGGCUCCUCCCCAGGUCCUCACACAGGCGCAAACUCUCACCAUCCGCUUGAUGCUUUUCGAAGGCUUCACCCUCCUCCACCUCCUCAAACUGUGCCCUUUACCACUUCCAGCAGCCCCCCAUUCUCUUCUUACCAUGUUGCCCAAAGGUCACCCCGCACACUCACUCCUCAAAAUGGUAGUCAAGGUCAAAAACUGCCACAAACUCCUGAAACUCCUUCCUCCCCUCUCCUAAGGCCCCAACCUUCACCUCCUUGCUCCUCUCCUAAAAGCUUCAUCAUGGGUGGCAGAGUAUCACAGACUCAAGCGCAGCAUCCCUAUGGGGUCAUAGGUGGAGGCUCUCCCCUCUCACCCACUCCCAUCCUCUCUCCAUCUGUCCAUAACAUGAAUUGCGUGUCUCCUCAGCAGCGGUCCCACCACCCUUCGGCCUCCCCCUCUUAUGUCUCUGAUCAGGGCGGAAGCUCCACUGCGGUAGCUGAAGGACUGACGGCGAGUAAUUUGUCGCGGAGGAGGAAGUCCUGCUCUUCCUCUCCACACUCCCCUCUGCCUUGUGGUUCACCAAACCCCGUCCCCCACAUCUUCAAGUUCAAGCUGGAGGACAUUUUGGAGCAGUUCAAGAACUCAGGCAACAGUAGCACUAAUAAUAACCACCACCUCCCAAACUCGACCAACCCCAACAUAUUGACUAACCAAAGCAGUCACAGUCCUCUUACUCCCCCUCGGAAACCCUCAAAGAGUGCAGCGAGUCCCAGCACAGUAGCGCCAGCUUUUGGGUUGAACUCUGCAGGGAUUUCCAGCACUACUCUGGGGGCUUUUUUAAACCACCACAGUCACCAGGGCGAGCUGUCGUCCUCAACUUCUUUUCCCGCAAGCAGUCUGCUCUCCGCGGCUGCUAAAGCUCAGCUGGCUAGCCAGGUAACCCAAGGCCAGGGCUCAAAUGUGGCUUGUAGCCAAACAAGGGUGUCCUCUUCCUUGGAAAUCUUGACUGAGGCACAGCAAAAACAGUCGACAAAGGUAACAAACAGCACUUUAAAAAAUUGCCACCUCUCUUCCCCUACAACUGCCUCUAGGCCUCACUAUCCCUGUCUAGCAGCAGCCUCUUCUGUCCUCUUUCCUUCAUCCCACGCCCUGGCCCAGUCCCUGGCGUCUUCCUUGCCCCAGUUGCCUCCUAAAACAGAACAAAAUGCAUCGCACAGAAAGAGACGACGGCGAUCUCCCACUGUUCUCAGCAUGAUCAAAGACACCCAGCCGCUGGCCAACGGGCCGCAGAGGACCUCGCCCGGAGACUCUGCCUCUGCUACCGCUAUGAACUUAUCAUCUUCGGCGUUCCCUCGCCUCGCAUCUGCCUCAGAUAUGCAGAACCCGAGUGGCGUCACCUCCGAGCACCACCGUCAUUUGCCGCCAGGGCAGACGUCCAAGUUCCUGAUUUCCAAACAGACGGCACAUCGAGAGUUAGAGUCCUUGGAUAUCACUCCGGCACCAACACCCCUUAGCUUGGAUCCUCCAACCCAGCCCCUCUCUGCUCUGCUGCACUUACUCAGUGUGCAGAAUGCUCAGGCCGCAGCUUCGGCUUCCAACGCUGCUCCAUGUCAUUUGGCAUCUUUGACUGUUGAAGGGGGCGGACACACUAAGUCACAAAGCCCUGAACUUUCACCCUCUUCUAUAAAUUCUCAUUCUAACCACCCGCAUCCUCCGUCACCAUGCCGAACCAGUAACACUAAUACAAUAACUUUGGUUCCAGAGAUGCUUUCUCCCCCUCACACCCCUACUCAUUUCAGAUCAGUGCAGUCUCAGUCUGUGGGAUUAAGUCCUCUACAAAAACAUUCUUCGACACGUUCAAAUUUAGCUUUACCCAGCAGCAGCAGCCUAUCUGUACAUGUGGCCGCUACUCCACUGGACAGGCAUCAUCCAACUGAGAAUCACAUUCCAGCAACUGACACUGUUUCCCGGGUACUUUCACCCGAAGCUUCGCCGCAGAGCAUGAUCAGUAACGACAUGUCGACAGCAGACCCGAGUCACGCACAAGGCAUUGUGUCUGCGGCGUUACCCACCUCACCAAAACCUCUUGAUCUUAGCAAUCAUGUUCUAGCCCUCCUUGCAGCAUCCUCCACUGUACGGCAGGAGGAACGCAGCUCGGCUGACCAUACAACAGAUGUAGUGAUGUUUCCCCAAGAAAAUCACACUGCAGGUUCCGGUGACUCUGGACGCGGGGACUUGAAGAACUCCACCUCAACGAAACCUCUGACACCCACUGGUUCCGAUGUCGUCGGCUCCUCUCAGCUUGGGGAGGACAGUCUUCAGACUUCUUUACCUCUGGCAGAGGCCUUCCCUUUCAUGAACCAAGAGCAGCUACUUCAGCUGCUGUCUUCCACAGGAGGCCUGCCAUCCAUCUUGGACCCUACGGUCCUUUCCUCAUUACAGCUCGGAGGGUUGUGGUUGGGUGGGCAAAAUGCACAGGUGCCACCUUCCGCUGCUGCAACACAAAACCUUGGUGAGCAGCAGUCCUUAAUGAUACAAGCAGAGACACAGCAGCAGAGCCAGGAUCAGCAACAGAAGCAGCAGCAACAACUAAACUGUAAUCCUCUCUUUCCGUUGUUGCCCCUGUUGAGCGGCAUGCAAGGGGACUUACCUCUCAAUCUAGUGGGCCUUCCAAACCCAAUCCCACCUCCAACUUCAGUCUCUGCCACAGGACAGGAAUCUGAUUUGGGGCUUACAGAAAAACCAAGUCUUCAAGCUCUGCUUAUGGCGUCUUUGCUGUUUGGGCAACACCAGGCGCCUUUGUUACCCUUAUCUGGACUGAGUCAGCUGGGUCAGGUCAGCUUGGAGGUUCCUCUUCAGCAACCGCCACAGAUCCCUGCCACCUUGGAGGGCCUCACGUUGGACAAGGCCGCUGCUCUUCUGGAUCCUUCAACUCUUCACGGGUCGGGGAUUCUGGAAUUCAUGCAGGGCCUUCCCCUCCCGCCUGGAGCGGAGGGGUCUAUUCAAGCUCUGCAGUCUCUUCUGCUUCCUACUGCCCUUCCUCCUCAUCCAGCGACCUUCCUGCCUUUAAGCCCUGCCCUCCUCACAGCUGCCCUAAAUGCAGCAGACCUAUCCCACACCCAGUUAACUCCUGUUCAGCAUACCCAACCUCAGGAACUGUCUGACGCGGGUGUGGACACCCUCAUCCCUCUUUCUCUCCAAGGCAAGGAAAACUCCAUUCUCCAGCAAUUGCUUCCCACUUUGCUUAACCCUGCUGUGUUAGGAGACAUUUCUGGUAUCGCCGGGCUCCAUAACAUGGUGGGUAUUGGAGCCGGUUCCAUCCUCCUACCCUCGGUUCAGGCCUCAUCUUUGGGCAUGCCUCUCCUGCAAGGUCCCGAUGGGACCAUCAACUUGCUCAACAACAUUCAGCUGAAUCUUGCACCAUCCUCCGAGGAAGAGAAGUCAGUCUCGUUGCAGGAAACACAGAGCCCCACCCCUGACUGUGAUAUUCCAGCCUCUCAGAUCUCUCCUGAAGAGAUUGCUAAUCCGGCUCCAACGCCUGUCCAAGAACCUAGCCGUCCGCCACAGCGAGCGUCCGACGACAGGCCCGUCAUCGACCCCUACACCUCGUUCAUGGAUACAAUUUACACAUCCUUCCUUCAAAUUAACGCUAAAGAGCAGGAAGAUGGGGUCCGCUCUGGUCCGUCUGACCCAACAUCACCUUUCUGUGCCUUACCGCCUGUCACUUUCCCCAUGGAGCACCACACACUCUCCACAACUGCCCCAGCUCAGCACCAGGCGAGUGCGCCGGUCUCCCUCAGCCCAAGGCGGGCUUGCUCCUUGCGAAAUCCAGACUUGUCCCGCCUCAGCUUGGAAGCGGCAGCCCAUUCUCCAGCCCAGGGUACGCCCAAACCCACCGAGGAUGUCGACACAUCGCCUUUACGAAGAAAAGCAGUCAUGGUGGAGGGACAAACUCAUCCAGAGGCUUCCAUAUACUUGGAGGAAGCUAAAACGGAUUGCACCAGUGUGGAGAGACAGACGGGUUAUCUGAGUCCCAGGGAUGGUUGCAGUGGGAGGCCCCGUGAGGAUACACCAGGAACAAUGCUGCACAGUGAACAGGGAAGGGAACAAUCAGGAACUGUCUCUGGAGCCCGCCGAGGGAGAAAAAGAAAACAAACGCUGCAGAAUGUGUUGGAGGACUUCAGAGACGUAGAUGCUACAGCACUCGAAGAAACUAAGGCUACUACUACGACGGCCCUGUUGAAGCCCGACACAUCAGUCCGAGGCCGGAGGAGACGAGGGGCAAGGUCUCAGAGGCAGUGAUUGGUGGAGGGAGCUGUCAAUCACAGCUGUUCACCAAUCACAGACAUCACCUCCUGGCCCCUGCCUGCACUCACACACUCAUGUCACCUAUGUUUUUUUUGUUUGUUUUAUCUUCAUACUCAGUCAACUGCACUAAUGCUGUUCAUGUUAACAAACGCCAUGGAGACAGGUGGAAAAUAAAGCAUAGGACGAGCUCCGGUCAGGAGGAGAAAAUAAUUUAAUAGAAAGUUAAAAAAAGUGACUAUUUUCUCACUCUUAGGUCUAGUUCACACGCUAAUGGUUGUGUUUGGUGUGAUCACAGCUCUCUUCGUGAUGUUAGCGUCAUAUCAUUUUACCCAGAAUAACAAGUGUACUGUUCUCAUUUAUGUGUUACUGUGAGUCACAAUGAAGCCCGUCUACUUGAACCAUGCUCUCUGUGGAAAGUGUGUAUGUCAUUGUAUGUAUGUGUGUGUGUGUGUGUCUUUUUUAAUAAUGUUGAUUGUGUAGGACAACAGUGCUAUUGCUGAGCCCCUCACUUUCCGGCCGUGCUAUAGUUGGAAUUCUGGUCAUGCCAUGAAUGAGACCCUCUGUUCAAACACAGAAAGGACUCGGUAAGGCACCCUUCAAAUGUUUUCAGAUGGUGCUUAGAGGUAUGGUUUUAUUUUUCCUUCAUAUAAAGCCACCGUAAUUGGGUUUCUUACGUCCUCCCUUCAGUAUACAGCCAUUCGUCAUGUAGCCCCUCCAUCAUGAACAAGAUGGGGAUUCUUAAAAGCCAGAGCUGUGAUACCUAAUGUGGAUUUGAUGAGUUUUUGUCUAACUGUAGAUUAUGAAAUGAUAUCCUCACACUGCCCUCCCCUCAAAAUACUGGCAUCUCUUGCUGUAUUUAACAAAAAAAGAAAAGCAAAUUAUGCAAUUUGUAUACACUUGGAGAUUUGUACAUAUGUACAGUUAAUGUGUUUUAUUAUGAUUUUAUAUGGUUUAGAGAAAAGAGAUGAGUGCAAACAAUUGUGAAUUUUUCUGGGAGUACUUUUCUCAUUCUACCCCCUGGCUUUCAAUACUUAUGUUUAAAAAAAUGAUUAAAUUGUGGGCUGUAGCUUUCUUUUUUA